AUGACUCGGGAAGCUGACAAGUAUGCGAGGCAAAGCUCACUUCAUAACGGCGUUCCAGAUGAUGAGAUUACGUCUGCCUCACUCUUAAACUGCUUUACAGGCAGCAUGCGCCGACGUCGGCCAAAAAGUGCUUGUGGCCUGCGGCUUUGGGGCAUCAAUGACGCACCGACCUCAUCAACUCUUGGACCCACAGAGCACACGGCUCAAAUGCAGCAGCCAUCUUCUAGCCCCAGAACUCCACGUCUGUUACGCCGGAUCUCGGGCAGCGUCCGGUCCACCCAAAGUUUGACUCCAGAGCCCGUCGGAUUAGCGUUUCCUUUUCGAUUAGUACUUAUUGGUGGCCAUAAUCACGGAAACGGGCUCGAUACUGGAGGAAAUCAAUCUAGUCCCAGUGCAUGUCAGGAGUGGGUGGAAUACAAUCUGUUGGCAGAAAGCCUGUAA